CAUUUCAAUUCUCCUAUCGUAAUAUUCGCCAUUUUCAUGUCAGCUACAAGUUCUUCGCCAUAGAUAUAUCUUCUUCUUCAUACUCUCUCUCUCUCUCUCUCUCUCUCUCUCUCUCUCUCUCACAGUGUGUGCCACAGUAAGCCAUCGUCGUCGGAGAAAUGACAGACCGGUACUUUGAGAAUUUCAUGCGAGACUUCGAAGAAGAAACGUCAACAGUAGAUGGAGAUAAUGAACGAAGCGAGGUUAUUGCAAAAGAGUCUCAAGAUUUUAUCUUGAACCUUCUUAAAUUUCGUGCCUCUCCUCUCCGUAGCAAAUUCAGAGAAUCCGCCCUAUAUCAGAAACACUCUGUACCAUCUCUCUCUCUCUCUCUCUCUCUCUCUCUCUCUCUCUCUCAUGGUUAUAGAUACUGAAUCUUUAGUGGGAAUUGCAUGUUAAUUUCUUGGUUUUCUGCAUUUGUGUGCAUGCCUACCAUUUGUUUGUGGAAAUGGUUAACAGGUUGUGAGGGGCACAUGGCAGACCCAAGAAAGAAGAAUAUUCGUCAACUCUAAUCUUUAUGAUGGUAUUCCGGGGACUGCUUUCUUGCUCUUGAAAAAUUUUCUAGUGACUCGCAACAGGGAUGAUCUCAACACCUCUGCUGACAUUAUCAAAGCUUGUGACUCUGCUUCUGGAUACUAUAGGAGUAUAACCUUUCUACGUGGAACUGCUGGAGUUUGUGCUCUUGGUGCUGUUGUGUCAAAGUACCAAGGAAAUACACAGAUGAUUGAACGCUAUUUGACCCGAUUCAAAAAGAUUGAAGUAAAGGACUAUAGGCGUGAUGGAAUGUUACACGGGAGAGCUGGACACUUAUGGGCAUGUCUGUUCUUGAAUAAGCACUUCGGUGAUGAAGUCAUUCCUUCAUCCUACACUAAUAGAUUAGUGAAUAAGAUGAUUGAAAAUGGAAGAAGUUUGGGCGCUGGAACAAGAUGCCCUUUGAUGUAUACAUAUUUUGGCACUAAACAUUUUGGUGCUUCUGAUGGUUUAGCUGGGAUUUUGCAUGUUUUGAUGCAUUUUAAUUUGACUCCUGAUGUACAAGAGGAUGUGAAAAAGAGCCUUAACUACUUGAUUAAUACUAGAUUCCCUAGUGGGAACUAUCCCUCUAAAGAAGAUGAUAGAGAGGAUAUUUUGGUCCAAUGGUGUCAAGGAGCAUCUGGAAUGGCUCUCACCCUUGUCAAAGCUGCUGAGGUUUUUGGAGAUAAGGAGUUUGUGGAUGCAGCGAUUGAGGCUGGAGAAGUUGUGUGGAAACGUGGGUUAUUGAAAAGAGUUGGACUUUGUCAUGGGAUUAGUGGGAAUACUUAUGUUUUUUUGGCACUUUAUAGGCUGACAAAAAAUGAGGAGAUGUUGAAAAGGGCGAAAUUGUUUGCUUGUUUUUUACUUGGUAGAGGAGUGAAGCUUAUAAGGAAAAAGAAGAUGCAUAAAGGUGAUCAUCCGUUUUCGUUGUUUGAAGGAGUUGGAGGCAUGUCGUAUCUUUUCUUCGAUAUGAUGAAUCCUGAUGAAGCUAGAUUCCCUGGAUAUGAACUUUGAAAAUGUGUAUAAGUGUUGGAGAAUUGUAAAGAAGAUAUGAAUAUAUGAGAGGGUUUGUAAGUAAUUGUACAUGAUCUUUUGAAUGAAUAUGGGAAUAACUACUAGU